CCUGCAUUUUUGAAGAGAAGAAUCCACACCGACUGCUGGAUCCUCAUCUAACAAGAAAAGGUUGUCUUCAUUUACUGUCACUGUGAUAUUGAUCACAUUUUAUUCAUACUUCACUUAUAAAAAUUUAUCCUGGUUAUGAACUGGUAAUAACUGUGUCGUGGAGCAAUGGAGGUUUAUCAGAGUGCCCUGCUACUCUUCAGCUGCUAUUUCCUUCACACUCUGGCUUUAGACUGUACCGUGAUGAGCGGUAACCUGAAGCAGAUAGAUGCUGGAUCAGGCUCAGUGGUUGGAGUGAACAAUCAAAAUGAAGUGUUUGUCCUGAUUGAUAAUGUCUUCAGAAAGAUCACUGGGUCUCUAAAGCACUUUAGUGUUGGUCCUGCUGGUCAGCUGGGAGUGAAUUCAGCAAACAACAUCUACAAGUAUCAGAGUGGUUCCUUCAAUCAGCUUCCAGGGCUUCUCAAACAGGUGGAUGCUGGAGGUGAUCAGAUCAUUGCAGGUGUUAAUAUAAAUGAUGACAUAUUCUGUUUAAAUAUGGAUGCUAACAACAAAUGGCCAUCCAGCACUACUCCUUGGGUUCCAGUUAAUGGAAAGCUGAAGUACUACAGCUGUGGUCCAUACAGCUGUUGGGGAGUGAGCAGCAAUGACCAAAUCUGGAUCCAGAGGGAUGUGUCUAAUAAUGUCUGUUCUGGGUCUGGCAACUUUCAAAAUAUUCCUGGACUACUGGCUAUGAUUGAAGUAGCAACUGAUGGCAGCGUCUUUGGUGUAAAUUCUCAAGGGAUGUUAUACCAAAGAAUUGGCAUCACUUACUCCAAUCCCGCUGGCACAGACUGGAUCCCAAUAGUUGCCUGUCCCUACGGCCACAAGCAUGUAAGCUUUGACCUGGGAGUGCUGUGGGUCGUGUGUGUUGACGGCUCCAUCCGUAAAUGUACUUUAUAGUCUGUCUCUGCAGCAACACUGGAGAUGAGUCAUUAACAAUCCUCAAAGUAAUCAGUCAUUAUUUACAGAAAACUAAAAGCUGAAUUACACUUUUUAUUUUCUUUUUCUUGAUGUUGCACCACUAACCAUUAUGAAAGCAUCUCUCUCGUCAGUGUUGUGUUUCUUUUGUCUAUCAUUUGAUUCAGUGGCUCUCAAACUGUGGAUCAGUUUCAGGUGAUAAGCAGCACAUCUAUGAAAAUUAACAACUAUUAAAAAAUAUGCGUCAUUUUAU